CUCGCCGUUGACUUGAGUGCAUGGAUUGUAGAAUUAAAACAAAGCAAAGUUACUUCGCAGUAUCACAAUAUUUACAUCAGAAAUUUAUUUUAUAGGACAAUAGAAUUUAUGAAGGAGGGUGUUGAGUUGGUAUUUGUGACUGAUGGCCGAGCACCGGACAUUAAACAACAAGCGUUGCUGAAAAGACAACAGAACCAAUUUGGUUCAUCAUCUAACACUGUGAACACAGACAGGCCUUAUCUUAGGAAUGCUGUAUCUCAGUGUGUUGAGAUGUUGGAAUAUCUUGGAUUAUCUUGUGUGGAGAGUUCUGGGGAAGCAGAGGCUUUGUGUGCUGAGCUAAACAGAAAACAGCUUGUAGAUGGGUGUUUAACGGAAGACAAUGACUUCUUUCUGUAUGGCGGUAAAACUUUGUAUAGAAAACUUACCAAAGAAAAUAAGAUGUAUUUGGUUGACAGAGUUGAUAUGGAUCAAAUAAAAUCUGACCUUGACCUAGAAAGAAAUGACCUUGUAGCAUUAGCACUACUGUUAGGGUCAGAUUAUGAUGAGAAAGGAGUUAAAUGUAUAGGAAAGGAGAAAGGAAAGGCACUGAUCAAACUACUUAAAUCUAGAAACUUUAAUCCACUUGACAGGUUACAAGGAUGGAGGGAAAAUAAAGAACUGGACAGUAUUCAAGAACGGUUGUCAGUAGAAACAAAGAAGGAAUGUCACUGUAGCAAAUGUGAUCAUCUAGGUCGUAUAAGUGCACAUGAAUCAUCAGGUUGCAAGGAUUGUGGGAUGGAAAUUGGUUGCCAGGAUACCAGUAUGGUCACAUGUAACUGUCCCUGGCAUAAACAGGAAGCUCUGAGGAAACAGCACAAACUUGAGGUCUCCUUGCGGCAGAAAUCACUAGAGAAUGUUUCCUUUCCAAAUAAAAUGGUGAUAGAAGAAUACCUGAACCCUGGUCUCAAGUCUUGUUCGGAAAUCCCAAAAUCAUCCAUAAAUGUGCCAAAGCUAUUGACAUUCUUGAAACAUCAACUUGGUUGGCAGUCUGGGGAAGUUUUAGGCAAGAUGGUUCCCAUUGUGAUAUUGAAGGAGAUGAGGGAAGCUGGGAGCCAACCUGAUUUAAUGUUUACUCCAGUCCGGAUAUUAAGGGCCUGUAAAGAGAAUCAUGUAGAUUGUUAUGAAGUGCUGUGGGACAAAACAGAUAGGAACCAUUGGGCAUGUGCAAGUUUUUCAACAAACAUAAAAGAAAAGGUGGUAAAGUCGCUGUUUAAGUCUGUUUAUCCAGCAUUGGCCACAAGGUUUGAACAAGAACUGACAGAGAAGAAGUCUGGAAGUGGAAAGAAGAGGAAAGCUGAGGGGUUGAAAGGUCAGUCAAAACUUACACAGUUCACGAAGAUCAAGAAAAAAUUACCGUUUACUGGAGAAACGAGUGCUGGCACUCAGAAGGAAGACUUUAUUAACAUAGAUGACAACAGUGUUGUUGAUUUAACAAAGGUUGAUAAUACUAGAAUGUCUACACAAACAUCUGCAGAUCUCCAUGAAGAUGGCAUUGGGAAAAUUGAUACAAAUAACUGUGGUCCAGAAAAUUCAUUACAAAUUAAGAAUUCCAAACAAAAAACACUAAAUGAGGAUGGAAAAUUAGGAAAAUGUUUUCAGAAAAAGUCUGUCAGACAAGGUGCCUCUGGGAAGAGAAAAGGUGACAAAACACCAGAUGGAAUGACUUCUAUCAGAAGCUUUUUUGUGAAGAAAGAUGUUCCAUCAGUUGAAUUUAAGAAAAAUGACACUUCAGCAUUUAAAAAGUUGAAUACGUAGGUAACAAAGAAUACUGUAAAAUCAUUAUUAUUCGCGGGUCUCUAAUUUUCAUGGUUUUCAUGAAAUAAAGAUCCAACAAAGUCUUCUUUAACAUCAAAACACUUGACAACUGAUUUAUAUAUUGUACAAAUCAGAGAACCUUGUUUUUAGCUCAUCUGUCACAAAGUGACAGGGUGAGCUUUUGUGAUCGCUUUUCGU